AUGAAUAUAAGAAACAAUUAUUAUUUACAUGCUUCACCAAAUAGUAUAACUGAGUCGAAUAUCAAUUUACCCGGGCCUUCGUAUCAGAAUAUCACCCCUAGUUCAUUAUCAAAUAAACAAGUGCAUGCUGAAGCUAAUGCACCAACUGAAGACCAGACUCCUUUGCAGUGUUUUAAAUUACGUAAUAAUGACAUUUUUAAGCCUUGCCAUGAUUAUGAAAUUCCUAGUUCAACAAUGAGUAACAAAGAAAUAGUGAACCCAGUAAUUGAAGACUACUUGACUGACUCCGCGUAA